CACUGACGAUGGCGAGCUCUUCGAAGGCGAUCAGCAACUCAGCACAUCAGCAAGGCCAGACAUGUAUCGCAUUUUCGCGUGACGGGAAGAUUGCUUACACGGGGGGUUUGGAAGCAUCAGUACGAAUAUGGCACACUGACCAAGGGGAGGACCAGGAGCCCGAAGCUGCGUAUGAAGCUGAUGAGGGUAUCACGACCAUCGCUGCAGCCAACGACUACUGGCUUUCUGGAGGCCACGACUCUCAGGUGCGAAAGUACCUUCCUGGAAAGGCACAGUUCGAGGGAUUUGUGGCGCACGUGGCUGGAGCAUCGAUCAGGUCUUUAGCAGUGGAUCCCUCUGGCAAGCGAGUUGCUGUCGCUUCUGACGAACUCUCAGUCAAAAUCAUUGAUUUGGAUGAAAUAACGAACGUGACUGUACUGGAAGGAGGGCAUAAGAAACUCAUAAGAAAGACGACGUGGCAUCCGUCGGGCUCUAUUUUGACAACGAGUAGCUCGGAUGGGACCAUAGUAGCAUGGAAUAUAUCUGAUACUGAAGCCAAAGUUGAGAACGUUAUUGACGGUAUAAUACCCGCAGUAGCAGAUUCGGAGUCUCCGGAAUUUAUGCAUGAUUGUUCCGCCGUUUGGCAUCCGUCAGGACAAUAUUUCUUUGCGGCAUCACGAACACAUGAAAUUGUCACGAUUUCACGCACCACAUGGAUCAAAACUUCAUCUCUGUCUGAUCCAAAUACCAUCGGUGCAACAACAGCACUAGCUGUUUCAGCCAAUGGCGUGUACCUUGCAAGCGCUUGCAACCAAGAGAUAUUGGUUUGGAGUGUGCAGACGAAGCGGGUGCUUUGGAGGCACCCGGGCACACCAAAUGCAUUCACUAUUCAAAUCGCCUUUUCACCCACAGAAAAUCUCUUAGCAUGGACAGAUACAGAUGGUGUUCUCUCUCGUUGGCGGGAUGCAAUCCCUGAUAGCUCGCCAGAUCCCGUCCGCCAAACGGCCGCGAGCAGCGCUCAAGGGACGACUACAAAGCGAAAGUCCACUCCCCCACUGUGGGGUGAAGAAGCUGAUGUUGAUGCGGAGGGAGGUGACCCCUACGGCGAUGACUGGAUCAUUGAUGACCUUGGCAAUGGAAUGGAAGAUGAGCCUGAGGGUGCAAGAGCGAAGCGCGCAGGUGAUGGGUUCGUGAAGGAGAUGGUGAGCAUCACAAAGGCUCAGCCCGCUUUCCAACCGGGGUCAACGCCCAUGGAAAACAAAAAGCGUUAUCUCGCAUACAAUAUGGUUGGUGUCAUUGAGGUGACGGACCAGGACACUCAUCACAUUGUCAAUGUCGAAUUCCACGACCGGUCAACCCGCAAGGGAUACCACUUCACUGAUCACUUCAAAUAUGACCUUGGUUCCCUUGGUGAACGUGGUGCACUCUUCGCCUGUCCCCCUGAGCUCGAUCACCCAGCGCAAGUAAUAUAUAAACCUUACGGUACCUGGUCCACGCAAGGGGAAUGGACAUAUGCCCUUCCAAAAGGUCAUCGUGUCCUUGGCCUUGCUGCAGGCGGUGAGAGGCCGAUGCGGUCUCUGAGAGAUCCUUCGUCAUCUGGAGGUGAUAUUCAAGGGCAAGGGAACAUCGUCAUCGCGACCAGUUCCGGAGACCUCACGUUCUUGAGCGGGUCUGGUAUGGAACGAAUUGUCCUCGGCGUGGAAGGUGAAUAUGUGACAAUGGCUGCUGCCGAGGAAUAUGUGCUGGUGGUGCACCGGCCGGGCGCAACUACUAUUGAUGGCUCCCAAAGUUUGGUUGCCACACUGAUAUCCUUUGAAGACUUUCAAGUUCUUCAAGAGAAACCACUACCAAUACCGAAAGGUCACACUCUUAGAUGGAUUGGAACUACAGAUGAAGGGGCCCCGGCAAUAUACGAUUCUGCAGGCUACAUGCACCUCAUGAUCCAUCAUCGACGUCCGAACCGUGCAGCGUGGGCGCGUCUCAUGGACACCAACGCGCUGGAGCGCAAGCAGGGUAAGGACGAGUCGUAUUGGCCUGUUGGCCUAAGCCAAGACACAUUAUGUAGCUUCCCUGUCCGCCUGCCAUUCCGCAAUCAGGACCCCGUGGAUUCACCAGUCGAAGAGCGUAUUGCACGGGAACGAAUCUACGUUAACCUUGCUCGCGAUGCCCUUGGUGAUGAAUUAACCUCUCCCGACAUCGAUAAACGCGAAAUUGAACUAGACAAGCAAUUGAUCAAGCUCAUCCAGGCUGCCUGCAAGACGGACAAGGCGCCGCGUGUGAUUGAGCUCGUCAAGCGGUUACAUUUUCCAAACUCGAUUACGGCUGCCAGUCAACUUGCAGGGUUCUACCAAGCAAUUAAAUUGUGGCGGGAGCAGAACGCAACACCAGCAGAAGAGGCUAGGGAGGGGAGACAGGGGUUUUCCUAUGAGGAUGCUCCAUUAACUCGACCAAAGCCUUUCCAGAACUUCAACCCACCACCCAAGGUCGACAGACCUGGUCUGACACGAUCUGCUGGGAUCGUCGAGCCAACGGAGUUCACUGCGUCUAGUGCUGCGAUCAGAGCAAGUCGUACGCGAGCGCCACAGGCUUCUACUUCCCGUUCAACGUCUCCUGAGGGAAAGAGGAAACGCAACGACAAUGACGACGACCUAGUAUCUAACACGCGAGCCGUUGGUGAACCUGAUGCCGUGGUGCCAUCACCAAAGCCAAACAACCCAUUCGCUCGAAAAACUGGGCAAGAAGUCAAGAAGAAUCCUUUUGCAAGGAAACCCGAGCUUAACAAGCCCAUUGAGAAGAGCGAGAGCUUUUUCAACAAAGUCGAGGUCGCGGAAAAACGUCCAGCAGCAGCUAAAGGCAAGGAAAAGGAAAAGAAGGAGCUUUCAAGACAGAGCACUCUCUUCGCAGAAAAAAAGGAAAAGCAAGGUUCUUCGAAGAAAAAGAGGACAAGGCAAAGCCCUCCGGCGGACUCUGAAGCUAUGGAUGUAGAUAGCCAAGCUCAUCCCGACCCAUCAGACGUUCAGAUGGAUACUCAGCCUCUAGAGGAUGAAGAGCCCAUUGAUUGGCCGGAUUCACCGCCGGCUGCUACUGUCAACGACGAUGAUUAGGUCCCACUUGUUUCCCCCGCUUCUCGUCCAUCAUUGUAUGCAUAUCAUCAGUUGUUCUGGAUUGUGUAUCUAGAUCAUGUCCCAGUCUAUCUAACGCUGCCCUUGUGUCGGAU